CUGCUUCCUCAUCGUUCCAGAGAAUUCAAAGUACGAAAUAGUUCGCUUCAGUCUUCAAAUUCACUGGAGUUACAGUCCGAGAAAAUAGAACAUAGGGGAAAUGGCUGAUCGAUUCUUUCCAAAUGAAAUGCCGGACUUUGUGCCGGAAACCACCGCAGGAGAAACGAUCACUUCCAACACCAGAGACUCUCUCACGAAGCUUCUCUACCUUCCCUACAACACACUCUCGGAGAAGCUCAAAAGAUCAGCUCUCGACCUCAAAGAAACAGUGGUCAGGGAGACGUGGGGAUUGGGAGGAAAGCGUGUAAAAGAUUAUACUCUGUACACUGGGGCUCUUGGGACAGCCUUCGUGGUGUUUAAAGCUUACCAGGUUACCAAGAAUGAGAAUGAUCUUAAACUGUGUUGUGAGAUUGUAAAGGCCUGUGAUUAUGCUUCUAGAGAUUCUGGGCAUGUUACAUUCAUUUGUGGGCGGGCUGGUGUUUGUGCUCUUGGUGCUGUGCUAGCAAAGCUUGCUGGUGAUGAGAAGCUGCUGGAUCACUACUUAACACAAUUCAAACAGAUCAAAUGUCCCAGUGAUGUGCCAAAUGAGCUGUUAUAUGGGAGAGUAGGGUUUUUAUGGGCUUGUUCCUUCUUAAACAACCAUAUUGGUGAAGGCACCAUAUCUACCAGGCACAUGAGACAAGUUGCUGAUGAGAUUUUCAAGUCCGGUAGACAAAUGGCAAACAAGGUACGAUGUCCACUAAUGUAUGAAUGGCAUGGAAAGAAGUACUGGGGUGCUGCUCAUGGUCUGGCAGGAAUUAUGCAUGUUUUGAUGGACAUGCAAUUGAAACCAGAUGAAGCAGAGGAUGUCAAGGGCACCCUUCGAUACAUGAUUAAGAAUCGUUUCCCCAGUGGAAAUUACCCAUCAAGUGAAGGAAGUGAAUCAGACCGUCUUGUACAUUGGUGUCAUGGUGCUCCUGGUGUCAGUCUUACCCUUGCAAAGGCAGCUGAGGUUUUUGGAGACAAGGAGUUUCUGCAAGCAGCUGUGGAUGCAGCUGAGGUGGUAUGGAAUCGUGGUCUCCUUAAGCGAGUGGGCAUCUGUCAUGGCAUCAGUGGAAAUGCUUAUGUGUUCCUUUCACUCUAUCGACUAACUGGAGACAUGAAGUACUUGUACAGAGCGAAGGCAUUUGCUUCCUUUCUGCUUGAUAGAGCUGAGAAGCUCAUAUCAGAAGGGAAAAUGCAUGGGGGUGAUCGACCGUAUUCACUGUUCGAAGGUGUUGGUGGAAUGACAUAUCUCUUUUUGGACAUGAGUGAACCCUCCAGGGCAAGGUUUCCUGCCUAUGAAUUUUAAAUUGACUUCAAUGCAAUUAACCAUGUAGUUUUAUUAGAAUGCUCCUAUCUUUUGAUGAGUGUAUCUGUAUGUGUAGGAAACCUUGUUUCUGUUGUAGAUAAAUAUAUGAAUGAGUUUUGCUUUCUCAAAAUUUGUGGCCCGGAAUUCUCUACUUCGCUUUUCAAAGUUCGUUC